UCUGAAGUCAUGGCCGCACCACCACCGCCGGGCUCAGCCCCCGGCUUCCGAAAACCGUUAGGGUUCUGGAAAAACGCGGUGAAGCGCAAGGACAGCUUCAUCCAAUUCUUCGCAAUGACCGGGAUCCUGCUUCUAAGUAUGAGAUCGCUGGGCCAGAAGUACCGCCUCCACGAUCUAGAGGAGGACACGGCGGCGCUGAAAGAGGAGAAGGAAACCCUAGACAACCGAAUGAGCAACAUCAAGAGAGACCUCCUCCACGAAGCCUCUAUGGACCCCACUGGUGCCUUCGCCGCCAGGCUCCGCCGUCUCUUCGGCGACCAACAGUGAGUUCCGGACGAAGCCCCAACCCUGUGAGUAAGCGGAAAUGAAGUUGAGUUUUGAGAAUUUGGAUGCUCAAUUUAGUGGAAGUGCUUGUUUGAUCUUCAAUUUUAGGAUGGGAUUAAUAAUUGGAAUUCCAUAUGACAUUUGCUACUCAUGGCUUCAUAUUACACUAUUUGGUAUUUAAAUUGAAAUCAGAGAAUAGGAGGCAA